GCAGAGCACUGCCACCCAGCUUCCCAGCUUGAAGGUAGGACAGUUUUUGAAGGUGCUACUUGUCACUCAUAGGUUUCUUCAUGAGCGGACUCAGCCAGGCACAGACUCAACUUUCUGCUUCCACCUAGCGGAUUCUUCCCGUUCGAUGUGAUGGCCAUCUGCCAGCUCCCGCGGUCAACUAUUGCCAACACUUCUAGGGCGACAGCCGCGACUUCAAGUGUAUCUUCACAAUGGAUCCUUUCUCAAUCACAUCGGGUGCCCUGCAGAUAGCUGGCGCCUGCGCACAGGUUACUAUCACGAUCAUCAAGUGGGUAGGAGAUGUCAGAACCGUUGAUGCGCGUAUCUCAUCCUUUUGCGAUGAAGUUGCCGCUCUCCGAACCACGUAUGAAGGUCUUGAGAGAAGUUUAUCGUCUCCGCUGAUGGCAGAGGCGGCUCGUGUAGCCAGUCAAACUUCGGAUGGCUUUCACCUAUGGAAACAAAUCCAAGAGACUCUCGAUGACUCGAAGCGGACCGUCAAGCGAGUCAACGAAGUGCUCAACCAUAUUGGCCAAACUUCUGGCUUUGGUCGAAAAAUCAGAGCACAACUACAAGAAUCACUGUCGUCCGGCGAAUUAUCUCGUCUUCGGCAACGCAUCCAGUUCUUCAAUUCGGCGCUUGCUCUCCCGAUACAAAUGGUCUGCGUCAUGCUGCAACUCGAACAACGGGGGACGACCAGUGACCAUCAAGUCUCACUGGAUGCAAAGCUGAUGGCCCUAGAGAGGUCAAUGAGAGAGCUUGUUGAAAGACUCGGCCAGCCUUCGCGCUCACAAACACUGGGUGGCGCUACGAUCGUUGCUGCAGAGCCCGAAGUACUAAAGCCAGACGACGGCAUGGAUACCUACAUUGCCUUUGCGAAGAAAUUCCUCACGACAGCGUCCGCGGCUGCCAGUACGAGAUCCUCACUGAGUACCGUUUCUCCAGCUAUCGAACCAGAACUUAUCCUAGACCGCAGAAAGCCUUCAGUGCCCGAACUCCCAAUGCCAAUCUCUGAAAGAGAACGGUUGGUGGGCUGGAUCCCCGAGCCAUCGGAUACCACGGAUCCCAGCCGUACUUCGCGUCUGGGGCAACAGCGCUCUAGAUCAAACGGUCAUAACACGAGAUCUCCAGAAGACGAUUCCGAGAUUCAUUUCAUGCGUACCAAGCGGCACCUAAAACUUGGACAAGAGAGAGUCGAACAAGAGAAUCAUGCUGGUGCCGAGAUACAUUUUCGAAAGGCCUUAACACUCAUGCAUAGUAAUAACUUCGACGGAAGGAUAUCAUUUCAGCCGGCAGAAGUUGUUCUCAUGCUGUCUGAGACAUGCGUAAAGCAGGAAAAGCUUGAUGAGGCUGUCGCUCUUCUGGAACCCGUAGCCGGAAUGGGACCCGACAUAUUUCCAAGUGUUGCAGGAAAUGCAGAUCCCAUGACAAAGCGGUCAUCUUCUUCAUAUCAACGAGCCGACAAGCUUCAAGCACUUGCAGCAAGUCACAUGCUGGGUCUGGUAUUCAUGAUGAAGGCAGACUUUGACUCGGCAGAAGAGCAUGGCCUCAAAGCGUUUACCGAGCGGAGGAAGGAGCUUGGUCCGCAGGACGAGAAGACGCUUGAGUCGGUGCAAUUGAUCAUAGACAUCUAUCGAGCUCAAGGGGAUGAAGAAGAGGCAGAAGGGUACGAGGUGUUUCUCUUGCCUCCCGAAAAGUCGUCGCAGAGCAUACCUCGAGAGCCAUCACCACUGACGGUUGAGGAAUCGCCGUCCGCAGGGAGAGUGGUAUCGCCCGAGCCAGGAUUUGUGACUGCGCAGCCACAAGCGAUCUCUCGGAACAGUCGGUCCAGUUUUGCGCAACGCAUCAGACAUUUCGGACGGUCUUCCCAGUCCACUCUAGCACAGUCCCCACCCAUAGCAGACUUGCAUAGAGUGUCUAUAUCAAGGUCGACAACGUUGAACGACACUUUCGAAGACAUGGACACUGGUCAAACCCGCAACGACUUACUGAGAGGCCUCCACUCCCCUUCUGAUUCUUCGACUCACGAACGCAGUAUCUCGGUGCAUGACGAUGACUCUAUCACAACACCCUCUACUGGAGUGCUCGAACGAUCUUCCUCGAGCCGCACUGUGGAGCCCACGUUUCUCGCCAUCUCUCAACUCUGCGCGGAGAGGAAAUUCGACCGCGCAGUCAAAGUUGCACUACAGUUCCUCGAUACCUACCAUUCCACUGUCAUGAUAAUCCGCAAGAUGGAACUGGAGAAGAACGUCCGCCGUGGAGUUGGGCAAGGGCUGGCGAGUACAGGUCGUGGUUAUGCGCCUCUGCACUUCUUCUGCGAAUUGAAAGAAGAGCAUGCAGAAGAAGUGAACUUACUCAUCAAACACGGAGUCGACGUGAACGCUGUGGCGUAUCAAGCCGGGUACACCGAAUCCAACCCUAGAAACCCGUUCACCGCGCUCCAAGCGGCCGUAGACAGGGGCUAUUCGACGAUCACAGCACUGUUGUUGGCCUGUGCAGGGAUCAGGACAGACAUCCGCGACGCAGAGGGUCUGACGCCAUUGAUGGUAGCUUGCAGAAAGGGGUAUUAUGCUAUCGUCAAGCAAUUGCUGAACUUCCCCUUGCCGACGGAGUUCCCUCUGAUAUGGCAUGGCAAUACGCUCCUGCAUGACGCUUCACGGCGGUGUGAUCCCGUUCUUGUCGAGAUGCUGCUCGAUCGGUAUCCGGAGAUCGACGCACGGGAUAAGUUUGGCAAAACGCCGCUCAUGCAUGCGGUCAUCAAGGGCGACGUUACCGACGUGGCAGAGAAGAAAAGGAGAGCCAGGGGAAGGUACCGGACCGUGCAGAUGUUGCUGGAGGCCGGGGCAGAUCCGACGUUGAAGGACAACAGGACAAGUUUGAGUAUCAGGGAUUAUGCGGCUCAGGAGACCGAUGAUGGUCUUUUGGCGCUGCUGGAUGAAGUGCCUAGGACUGGCGUAAGUGAGCUUGUGGCUUGAGACUGCUUUCUGGCAGCCCUCUUCACAUGUUCGACAGACAGAAGUGUAUGAUUAUGAUAGAUGGUGUUUUAAAAUA